AUGCCAUUGCCCGCCCGCGGGCUCGCCAUUUCUUGCUUUGCUCUCCAGCUGCUCUCGGCCCUGCAACCCGUCACGGCCAGUGCUGAUGCUGGCACUGGAGCCGACGGUGGCGCCGACAAGCCCCCUUCAAAGUCGCCAGAGCCCCUCUGGAUCCAGCCAUCGGGAGAGUGGUAUGGCAUCGACGGAGACUGGUCUAACUUCGCCUUCUUCAUCGGUUCCCCCGCUCAGGCAGUCUAUCUCACUCCUGCAACUGCCCUCUCGGAGAUAUGGGUUGUGUCUACUGGCGGCUGUGUUCCCGUUCAAUUAUGCAUUGACGCACGUGGCGGCGUCUUUGACAUAUCCCAAUCAGACACAUGGCGCUCACUCGGGACCUGGCUUCUGGGCAUGAACUAUACUGGCAUGGGAGGGAACGGGGACUAUGGCUUGGAAACCCUGGCCUUUGUUAACACAGUCGCGAGCUUUACGACGGCCAUUGACGAUGCUCUUGUGGCGGUUUACAACGAUACGAACUACUACCAAGGCUAUGUCGGGCUUGGUGUAACCCAGGGUAGGUUUGGCAACAAUCUCACCAUGCCCUUUAUCUCUCAACUGGCUCAGUCAUAUGGUUCCAUACCGAGCCAUAGCUACGGCUAUACGGCUGGCGCCUAUUAUCGACCAAAUGGCAAAAACCGCGGCACAGUGGCAUCCCUGACUCUAGGAGGCUACGACAAGCUGAGAUUUGUCCCUCAUGACCAUAAGUUCGCGCUUGACCCUGUCACACGAUUGCCUACUGUUCGUCUCCGCGGUAUCACGGCACACGUGGACUCCAUUGAACAUGCCCCUACCAAAAACUGGACUUCCACUUCGCAUCCUUUGGUCACUAUGGACGACUCUAUCAUCGCCAUCAUUGACUCCUCAACCCCAUAUCUCUGGCUCCCCACACCAGUGUGCGAACGCUUCGCCGCAGCACUGAACCUGACUUGGAGGGAAGAUUUGGGUGUCUAUGUGUUUGCGAACGGCGCUCAGUAUACUCACUAUCAAAAUGAUGAGUCUCUGAAGUUUACUUUUACAUUGUCCAGUUAUCAGAAUGCCGAUGACUUUGGCCAACCUCUCAGCACUCCUGGUGUGGUCAACAUCACUUUACCAUCGGCUGCAUUUGCACAGCUUUUGCGCUACCCCUUCAGAAACGUCAUUAAAUGGGGUGACUCUAGCAUCCCGUACUUUCCCCUCAAGCGUUCGACCAAAGAAGUGAACAACGAGCAGUAUAUCAUCGGCCGCGUGUUUAUGCAAGAGGCAUAUCUGAUUACGAGCUACGAUAGAUCCUCCUUCUCACUCCAUCAGGCCUUGUUCCCACAAAAUGCCUCUAGCAACUACUCGUUAGAAGCGAUUCCCAGGCCCCCCGACAGUCCAUACCCCCCUUAUCGAAAUGAACCCACGUCGCCAUCUCUGAAAGGGGGCCUAAACACCGCUCAGAAAGCUGGGAUCGCUCUCGGAAUACUCAUUACGCUCGGUCUUCUCUCCUUGUUCCUAUAUUUCAGGCACCAGCACAAGCGACCGUCCAAGGAAAAUAAGGAUACAGCAGGAGCAGAAAGCGAGCGUACUGAGGUGCCUGCUGCUUUGCAGGAGGAGGUCCCAACGAGUCCGGUGAAGCGAAUGUUCACCAAGGUUGUCAAUAAGAAGAGGUCGCGAAAAACCGUGACAGCUGGAUCCGAUGGGAGCAGUGGCCAACCUGUUGAAGUUGGAGCGGAUGCACAGCACCAAGUCUAUGAAAUGCCCGUGCCACCUGAGCCAGUGGAGCUGGACAGCAACGAUGUUGGUGAUGACAUCACCGAGCUAGGUCUUGACACUACUCAGGGGCUUAGUCAGUAUGAAAUAACGAGAAGAAAGUUAGAAAGACAAAUGCGAGGGCCGGUCCCGGCCUACACUCCGCCAGAAAAUGGCAUGGCCAUCAAUAUCCAAGAGAAGUCGGCUCAGGAUAUUAGUCCUAUUCCUCACUAUCGACCAGCUGAUGAACCAUCUCCAGCCUCCUCACCUACAUACGCAAACAGCAGCACACUUCCUUACUCCCUUCCCUCCCCAUUGACGCCACAUGGCGAGUGGACGAGCCGUAUGACCGAUCUCCCAUCGCCCAUGACAAUAGCUCCGCCAACACGGUUUCCUGGGCCUUCGAGCGAACAAGAGGCCGGCAUCAGCCUUUCCCCUGGUCCUUCACCAGUCACACCUCGCUCUGUGCACUUCCCGCCUUCCAUGGCCCCGACGCCCAUAACUUGCUCGGGUUCCAACCCUGCUCCCACAACGCCGACAAGCGGUACCAUGCCGCGACUUGGUCCUCCAGUCCAACGCACACCAAUUGAUCCUUCUCGUGUUGUUUGUCUGGGACCUUUGCCAGAAAAUAUCCAGCUUCAGCUGCCGCAACAGCCAGUACCACGACUCCGGAUACCACAGAGCCCGCUGGCUGAUUUGUCCUCCCCAGGCGUGGGGCCUUCUCAGUCGCUAGGGCAUUAUCGCUCUGAUACGCAAGGCUCGACAGACACUCUUGGAAGCAAUUAUACCAUGGAGGAAGCUGAACGGCUGAAAGAAUUAGAGAGACAGCAUGGUUUGAUAAUGGCCCGGUCAAGCCAAGUGCAAGAACAGGGCGAGAACAGUUCGCGACAAAGAGAAACCGGCGAGCAGAAAAUGAGCGAAGGCCAAAUAGAACACAGGUCGGCGUCGAGUGACACUCGUGAAUCGCGCAGUCCGAAUAGCGAAGAACGAAUCGAGACUGGUUUCGAGAUCAUUCAUGUCCCUCAGAUGGCCGAGAAGAGGUAUAGUUUUGAGGUGGGAGACGACAGCUAA